AUGGGUGCUGAGCCUACGCUACUACCACCUAGCAUUGAGGAGAGGCGUCCCGCGCAGUCGCCCGAACGGGACUGCUCGACGCUGUCCAACUACACGGCCUUCCAAUUGCAGGCGCACACUGCGCUGACUAUGCGUCUUGAUUUCGACAGGAGACGGAUCCGGGGCACAGUGGUGCAUCAAUUGAAGUACGCGAACCGAGACGCUGCUCACCAAGGGGCAGCGGAGGAUAUCCACCUGGACACGUCCUACUUGGACAUUUUGGCCGUGAAGGUGGAUGGGACUCCGGUGAAGCAGUUCACCGUAGAACCGAGGAGCGGCCCACUAGGGUCUCGCCUUGUUGUGACACCUGCAUCUGCGCCCAGUGUUACCGGGUUCUCCCUAGAGAUAGACUUCGAGACGACGGAGCAGUGUACUGCACUGCAAUGGCUGGACAAGGAGCAAGCUGGCGGGGGUCACCCAUACGUGUUCACACAACUAGAGGCCAUCCAUGCGAGAUCGUUGUUCCCCUGCUUCGAUACACCCUCUGUGAAAUCUACCUUUGAGGCAGAGAUAACUUCACCUUUGCCUGUGGUCUUUUCAGGGACGAGCAAGAACGGUGCUGAGACACGUCCCGGAGUGUACACUUUUGAACAGAAGGUGCCCAUCCCUGCGUAUCUGAUCGGUAUUGCCUCUGGGGACUUGUCUCGGGCGAGGAUUGGCCCGCGGUCUCACGUCUACGCGACACCAGAGAUGUUGAGGGAUGCGCAGUGGGAAUUUGAGGGGGACGUCGAGCAGUUCAUUACUGCCGGUGAGGCGAUUGUGGGCCAGCGGUACGGAUGGGGCACCUACGACAUUCUGGUGAACGUGGCGUCGUACCCGUAUGGGGGCAUGGAGAGUCCCAACAUGACGUUUGCGACGCCGACGCUGAUUGCGCACGACAAGUCGAACAUCGACGUGAUUGCGCACGAGUUGGCACACUCGUGGUCGGGGAACCUUGUCACGAACUGCUCUUGGAACCAUUUCUGGUUAAAUGAAGGGUGGACCGUGUACCUGGAGAGGCGGAUCCUUGCGCGGCUUCAAGGUGAGCCAGCACGCCACUUCUCUGCGUUGAUCGGGUGGUCUGAUUUGGAGAACUCAAUUGCCGCGAUGCGGGACCCUACACGGUUUUCGACGCUCGUACAGCGGCUCGAUUCCGAGACGGAUCCCGAUGACGCCUUUUCGACGGUACCGUACGAGAAGGGGUUCAAUUUGCUUUUCCACUUGGAGCAGUUGCUCGGUGGCCCCUCUGAAUUCGACCCCUUUAUCAAACACUAUUUUGGCUUGUUUGCACACCGGUCACUGGACACUUUCCAGUUCCUGGACACGCUGUUCUCGUUUUACCGUAACCGGAGUGUGGACCAGUGGCGUCUACUUCAGGGGGGAGUCGACUGGGCAACGUGGCUGUUUGCACCUGGGCUGCCGCCCAAACCUGAAUUCGACACCUCACUGGCGACACAAGUGUAUGCACUUGCCGACAGGUGGAUUGCGUAUGCGAAGCGGGCAGACGGGGCAACGGUGGGGGAGUUCCGUCCCGAUGACGUCUCACAGUUCAACGCAAACCAAGUGGUGCUAUUCUUGGAGACGCUGUCCUCAUCACGCCAGACCGAGUGGUCCUCCGCGCAGCCCCAACGUGCCGCACAGACCCUUCUGGAAAUGUACGCUGCGAAGACGACACAGUCUCAAAACGCCGAGGUCAUUGCCAAAAAAUUCAAGUUCGCUUGUACUGCGAGACUGGCAGGGUACGACUCCGCUCUUGCCGACUGGCUGGGCACCGUGGGGCGUAUGAAGUUCGUGCGGCCCGGGUACCGCCUGCUGCAGGCUGUGAACGAACCGCUUGCGUUGCAGACUUUCCAGAAGUACGCGGGCACGUACCACCCAAUAUGCCGCUCCCUGGUGGCCCAGGACCUGGGCGUGGGGAACUGA